AUGUCGUGUGCCUCUCUCUGGCCUCGGCGUCUUCCAUCGUGUGAACACCCGAAGCACGGUGACAGCCCAAUCAAGCUAGUCCAACCUUGUUCUCGGGCAUCUUCAGCAGAAAGCACUAUCGACUUGGACUCUACGGGGAUAAGUGAAUCCCAGAGUGCUCCACGAGGUCCAAAGCAGCCAUACGAUGCGUUCCUGGUUCUCGAUGUCGAGGCUACCUGCGUGGCCGGUGCCAAGUUUGACUAUCCAAGCGAGAUCAUUGAGUGGCCCGUUUGUCUCCUGCGUUGGAAGGAUAAGGAUCGCAAUGAAAGAGCACGCGUGCUCGAGAUAGUGGACGAGUUCCGAAGUUUCGUCAGACCCACUUGGCGGCCCCAACUGUCGCAGUUCUGUACUGAUCUGACUGGUAUUACCCAAGAACAAGUAGACAGUGCGCCGACUUUCACGCAAUUGAUGGACAUCUUUAGAGAGUUUAUGGAGAGACAUGGUCUCAUUGAAUUCGAAACGGGCCGACGGCUCAUACGCUUCUGUUGGUGCAGUGACGGACCCUUUGACAUACGCGAUUUUGUGGUGAAGCAAUGUUUCAUGUCUAAGAUUUCCAUGCCUGCAUGGCUUAGCGGUGACGUGCUAGAUGUGCGAAGCGCAGUCGGGGAAUGGUAUCUCACUACGUCUCGACGUUGUCAAGAAAAAAGAUAUAUUGAGUGUGCCUUUCCGAUGCCGAAACGUCUUUCGAUUUCUAUUCCUCGCCAAUUGCAAGUGCUCGGUCUUUCACCGUUUCAAGGCCGUCAGCACAGCGGAAUGGAUGUCAGGACACCCGCAAUAUCACCCGCAUCGUUAUUGAACUCGCUCGGAAGGGUGUCAAGAUGCAGCCGAACACAGCCAUAA